CUUCAUUACAGAUCAUUUCUCAGACCAUGAAGUCGCUACGUCCAGAGCUCAGAAACUCCUAUUUCAUUGGGAUAAUCUCAGUGAUUGUGAUAUUGGGAUCAGUAGAGUGCAGAGAAUCAGUGAGAAUAUCAGAGACGAUACGGUAUCAUGCCAUUAACUGCAGGAAGCACAGCGCAGUGUUGACAGAUUUUGGAGGGGUUGGUGAUGGCAAAACAUCAAACACAAAGGCCUUUCAGUCUGCUAUCAGCCAUCUGAGCCAAUAUGCAUCUGAUGGAGGAGCACAGCUUAUUGUGCCACCCGGCAAAUGGCUCACUGGCAGCUUUAAUCUCACCAGCCAUUUCACUCUUUUUCUCCAUAAAGAUGCCGUCAUUAUUGGAUCUCAGGAUGAAUCAGAAUGGCCUGAACUACCUGUGCUACCAUCUUACGGCAGAGGAAGAGAUGCACCAGGUGGAAGGCUUAGCAGUCUCAUUUUUGGAAAUUACCUUACUGAUGUUGUAAUCACUGGUAACAACGGCACAAUUGAUGGGCAAGGUUCUUAUUGGUGGGAGAAGUUCCACAAGGGUGAAUUGAAAGUCACUAGACCAUACCUGAUUGAGAUCAUGUUCUCUGAUCAAAUCCAAAUUUCUGAUUUAACUUUGCUCAACUCUCCUUCUUGGUUUGUCCACCCUGUUUACAGCAGCAAUAUAAUAGUUCAAGGGUUAACCAUUAUUGCACCAAUUGAUUCUCCAAACACUGAUGGCAUAAACCCUGAUUCAUCUACAAACGUUAAAAUUGAAGAUUGCUACAUUGUCUCUGGUGAUGACUGUGUCGCUGUAAAAAGUGGCUGGGAUGAGUAUGGAAUUAAAUUUGGGAAGCCAACUAAACAUCUCAUUGUCAGAGGGCUUACCUGCAUAUCCCCAGAUAGCGCAAUGAUCGCUUUAGGAAGCGAGAUGUCUGGUGGCAUCCAAGAUGUUAGGGCUGAAAACAUCAAUGCAAUCAACACUCAAUCAGCUAUUAGAAUCAAAACUGCAGUUGGGAGAGGAGCUUAUGUGAAAGACAUAUUUGUGAAAGGAAUGACCUUAGACACUAUGAAAUAUGUUUUCUGGAUGACAGGUUCUUAUGGGUCUCAUCCAGAUCCUGGAUUUGAUCCCAAAGCACUCCCAAAGAUAAGUGGAAUAAACUACAGAGAUGUUAUAGCGGAUAAUGUGACAUACUCAGCAAGACUUGAUGGGAUUUCUGGUGAUCCUUUUACAGGAAUCUGCAUUUCUAAUGUGAAAAUCAAACUGACUGAGAAGCCCGAGAAACUCCAAUGGAAUUGCACUGAUGUUGAGGGAUUCACAAGCGAUGUGACUCCUAAGCCCUGUAAUUUGUUGCCAGAGAAGGAAGAAAAUUUUGACUGUCCUCACCCAAAAGACAGAUUGCCCAUUGAGAGUGUUCAGUUGAAGACUUGUUCUGUUACUUUCUUCUAAGAAUAUUUGCAUUAAG